GGUUUUAGCGCUGUUUCUUGAUGUUUGUUUCGCAUUUGCAAUGUUCUAGACACUGUUUAACAAAUUGUCGGUUUACCAUAGCGCAAAGUAAAAGUAUUUAUAAAUCAAGAACUAGUAAUGGAAAUCAAUAAUGACAACUCCCAAAUGCGUAGUGCUAGAAGGGUCAGAAAACGACAUUUUUCGGAGCUAUGGAAUCAGAUUACUUAUCCACCAAUAUAAUAUGAGUAGGACUCGGAGUAGAAGUAGAAAAUUGUAGUUGUUUUGAACAGUUUAGUGACACUGACAGUUGUAAGAAGAACUGAGUAUAACAACAGCAUUGCAAGAUAUACGAAACUAAGUGAUAAGUGAAUAUUAAGAUAUAAUGGAGGAGACUGGUGAAGAAACAGUUGUGACAGUGGAGAACCCUGGUGGUGAAGGAAUUCGCAUGCUUCUCCAACCAGAGCCAAUGUCUACAGUCAAUGAGACGGAGACCGUAGAUGUCGGCUGCGGAGAGCGUGUUGAUUAUGCGUGCAAGGUGGAAAAUAACCCAGAGCUAAGUGCGGCUGCCUCGGGUGACUCUCUCCCCAUCGCUGUAACGCUGGCUGACGGUUCAACGGCAUAUAUUCACACAAAUGAAGAUGAUGGGAAAAUGCUCACUGGAGAGAAACUACUGGAGGGAACUGAGGUGAGAUUGGAGGAUGGUACGAUGGCAUAUAUACAGGCAUUUGAAGCAGCAGGCGUUGAACCUACAGAAGAGGCGAAGGAAGAUGAAAUGACAUCGUCAUUUGAUGAGGGCCAGUCGAUUCAACUAGAGGAUGGCACGACUGCGUAUAUACACCACAAAUCAAAGGGUCUACAGGCAGUGCAGUUGGAAGAUGGUACUACAGCUUACAUCGCGCACACUGACAUGGAGUCACUGCUUGACAGCGGUGUUGACCCGGCUAAUCUCAGCAUAGAAGGCUUACAGGAGGAUUCGCCGGCCCCGGAACGAGAGGCGAAGGAGGAUGAGCCGGCGAGCACGUUGAGGAUCAGUGCACGUGCCCUCGCGCUGGGCGAGAAGGCUUAUCGAUGUAACUACGAGGCUUGCGGCCGAUUGUACACCACCCAGCAUCACCUUAAGGUGCAUGAGCGCUCUCACACGGGCGAUCGACCUUUCAAGUGUGAAGUGUCCGGCUGUGGCAAGGCGUUUGCUACCGGUUAUGGCCUGAAGAGCCACACGCGGAUCCACACUGGGGAGAAGCCCUACAAGUGUCCGGAAGAGAGCUGCGAGAAGGCCUUCAAGACAUCUGGAGACCUACAGAAGCACGUGAGGACGCACACGGGUGAGCGUCCGUUCAAGUGUCCGUUCGAAGGAUGUGAUCGUUGCUUCACCACCUCCAACAUCCGCAAGGUUCACAUGCGCACUCACACGGGUGAGAGACCGUACCUCUGCGAAGAGGAGGGCUGCGGGAGGGCAUUCUCCAGCGCCACCAACUAUAAGAAUCACAUACGGAUACACAGCGGUGAGAAGCCCUAUGUGUGUACCGUACAAGGAUGUGGCAAGCGCUUCACGGAGUACAGCAGUCUAUAUAAGCACCAUGUCGUGCACACUCACACAAAGCCCUAUGUUUGCAGCUACUGUGGAAAGAACUAUAGGCAAACAUCAACGCUUGCAAUGCACAAGAGAACAGCUCACGGCGACGUUGAUGGCGGUGGGCCAAGUCAAUCCAGAAUUCAAGUUCACGCAGUUGCCACGCUCGCUCAUGGAGCAGGGGAUGACGCCAGCGUUCCAGUGGCAAAGCGACAGCGCAUUACGCUGCAGCUCGUGAGCGGGUCAGGUGAAGGUCAGGCGAACGGUGAACGACUUCUCAUCUCAUCAGGCACAGACAGCAUGCCGACAGUAAGCAUUCAUCUGUACAUAGUGCAUGUUAAUCCGCAGUGCUGCAGUGGUCGGAUAUCAGUUGUUUUUAGGGCAAGGCAAGUGUUGACUUUAUGUAAUCAGAAAUUUAGCAUCAGAAAUAGUGCAUGUUAAUCCGCAGUGCUGCAG